AUGAUCCUCUCGUCCAAGAAGCUUCCGGAGCUGUGGGACUACUUCCUGAUGUACGUUUCCGGAGCGCUGGAGUUUAACCCGGAAUGCAAAGAUGUGGAUCUGGGACUGUUCCCACUGCGCAUGAACCCUACCAUCAAAACCAGGUCCGUCACACGUCCGUCAUACGUCCAUCAUACGUCCGUCAUACGUCCGUCAUACGUCCGUCAUACGUCCAUCAUACGUCCGUCAUACGUCCGUCACACGUCCGUCAUACGUCCGUCAUACGUCCGUCACACGUCCGUCAUACGUCCGUCAUACGUCCGUCACACGUCCGUCAUACGUCCAUCAUACGUCCGUCACACGUCCGUCACACGUCCGUCAUACGUCCGUCACACGUCCGUCAUACGUCCAUCAUACGUCCAUCAUACGUCCGUCACACGUCCGUCAUACGUCCGUCACACGUCCGUCAUACGUCCGUCAUACGUCCGUCAUACGUCCAUCAUAGGUCCGUCACACGUCCGUCAUACGUCCAUCAUACGUCCGUCAUACGUCCGUCAUACGUCCAUCAUACGUCCGUCAUACGUCCGUCACACGUCCGUCAUACGUCCGUCAUACGUCCGUCACACGUCCGUCAUACGUCCAUCAUACGUCCGUCACACGUCCGUCACACGUCCGUCAUACGUCCGUCACACGUCCGUCAUACGUCCAUCAUACGUCCAUCAUACGUCCGUCACACAACCGCAUAGAUCUUCACUGAGUCUGAGUCCAAAUGCUUAUGUCCCUGUGCUGUCCUCUCACGUGUCCCUGUGCUGUCCUCUCACGUGUCCCUGUGCUGUCCUCACAUGUGUCCCUGUGCUGUCCUCACAUGUGUCCCUGUACUGUCCUCACACGUGUCCCUGUGCUGUCCUCUCAUGUGUCCCUGUGCUGUCCUCUCACCUGUCCCUGUGCUGUCCUCUCAUGUGUCCCUGUGCUGUCCUCACACGUGUCCCUGUGCUGUCCUCUCACCUGUCCCUGUGCUGUCCUCUCAUGUGUCCCUGUGCUGUCCUCUCACCUGUCCCUGUGCUGUACUCACACGUGUCCCUGUGCUGUCCUUUCAUGUGUCCCUGUGCUGUCCUCACAUGUGUCCCUGUGCUGUCCUCACACGUGUCCCUGUGCUGUCCUCACACGUGUCCCUGUGCUGUCCUCUCACGUGUCCCUGUGCUGUCCUCACACGUGUCCCUGUGCUGUCCUCUCACGUGUCCCUGUGCUGUCCUCACACGUGUCCCUGUGCUGUCCUCACACGUGUCCCUGUGCUGUCCUCACACGUGUCCCUGUGCUGUCCUCACACGUGUCCCUGUGCUGUCCUCUCAUGUGUCCCUGUGCUGUCCUUUCAUGUGUCCCUGUGCUGUCCUCACACGUGUCCCUGUGCUGUCCUCACACGUGUCCCUGUGCUGUCCUCACACGUGUCCCUGUGCUGUCCUCACACGUGUCCCUGUGCUGUCCUCACACGUGUCCCUGUGCUGUCCUCUCAUGUGUCCCUGUGCUGUCCUCACACGUGUCCCUGUGCUGUCCUCACACGUGUCCCUGUGCUGUCCUCACACGUGUCCCUGUGCUGUCCUCACACGUGUCCCUGUGCUGUCCUCACACGUGUCCCUGUGCUGUCCUCACACGUGUCCCUGUGCUGUCCUCUCAUGUGUCCCUGUGCUGUCCUUUCAUGUGUCCCUGUGUUGUCCUCACAUGUGUCCCUGUGCUGUCCUCACACGUGUCCCUGUGCUGUCCUCACAUGUGUCCCUGUGCUGUCCUCACAUGUGUCCCUGUGCUGUCCUCACAUGUGUCCCUGUGCUGUCCUCACACGUGUCCCUGUGCUGUCCUCUCACGUGUCCCUGUACUGUCCUCACAUGUGUCCCUGUGCUGUCCUCUCACGUGUCCCUGUGCUGUCCUCACAUGUGUCCCUGUGCUGUCCUCACAUGUGUCCCUGUGCUGUCCUCACACGUGUCCCUGUGCUGUCCUCACACGUGUCCCUGUGCUGUCCUCACACGUGUCCCUGUGCUGUCCUCACAUGUGUCCCUGUGCUCUCCUCACACGUGUCCCUGUGCUGUCCUCACAUGUGUCCCUGUGCUGUCCUCACACGUGUCCCUGUGCUGUCCUCACACGUGUCCCUGUGCUGUCCUCACACGUGUCCCUGUGCUGUCCUCACAUGUGUCCCUGUGCUCUCCUCACACGUGUCCCUGUGCUGUCCUCACACGUGUCCCUGUGCUGUCCUCACAUGUGUCCCUGUGCGAUCGUCGCACGUGCCCCGGGGCAGACUGCUCCCAUUGUGUCAGCCCCAUCAGCCUCUGCUCCUGA